AUGGAAUUGCAGAAUAAGCUAGUGUAUUUUGUUGUAGUUCCACUUAUUUUGGUGUCUGGAUUGGUUGUUAUAGUGAACCAGAAGCCUUCUAAUUGGUUCUGGACUUCUUCUGGCGUUUAUUCAAGCCAUUACAGGUCUUCCGCGGCGGCGAAUCUUCCUCCUGGCCGGUCGGAAGCCGUAGUGGAACAACAACCGGUAUUGGAGAAUGAAGAGGGCAAUACAGGUGGGAAAAAGUACAGCAAUUUAGAACAGCUCGAGGCUGGUCUUGCGCAUUCCAGAUCAACAAUAAAAGAAGCUCAACAUAAAAAUGAAACAUUUGACGACCCUGAUUAUGUCCCUCGAGGUCCAAUGUAUUUGAAUCCCAGUGCCUUCCACAGGAGCUACUUGGAAAUGGAGAAGAAGUUUAAGAUAUAUGUCUACGAGGAUGGAGAACCCCCUGUUUUCCAUUACAGUUCUAUGGAGGGCAUUCUAGGGAUAGAGGGUAUUCUCAUUAAUCAUAUUGAGAUCAGCAAAUUUCGCACCAAAAAUCCAGAAAAGGCUCAUGUUUAUUUCCUUCCAAUCAGUGUUUUAUCAAUAUCCCACUAUGUUUAUGUGCGCCAUAACCGAGCAUGGACUCCUUUGCAAAACGUAGCCGUAGACUAUGUGAAUCAUAUAGCUGGAAAGUACCCUUACUGGAAUCGAAGCCUUGGACACGAUCAUUUCAUGCUUGCUUGUCACGAUUGGGCUCCAACAAUUUCACAUGCUGUAUCUUACCUGUACAAGAACUCAAUUCGAGUUCUAUGCAAUGCGAACACCUCAGAAGGAUUCAAUCUCUCCAAAGACGUGUCGUUGCCAGAAAUAUAUCUCCCUGGUGGUAAUAUGGACGGCUUGAUUGGUGGACCACCUCCGUCCGAGCGCUCGAUUUUAGUUUUCUACUCCGGAGGUAUUCAUGGCUACAUUCGGGAAAUACUUAUGAAGGAAUGGAAAAAUAAGGAUCCAAAUGUCCAGAUACACGAGUACCUCCCGAAGAGCAUGUCCUACUAUGACAUGUUUAGAAAGAGCAAGUAUUGUAUUUGCCCUAGCGGGUGGGAAGUAGCCAGCCCGAGAAUGGUUGAGGGUCUUUAUACGGGAUGUGUUCCGGUACUCCUUAAGGACCAUUAUGCUAAACCAUUCGGUGAUGUGUUGGAUUGGAGUACAUUCUCAGUUGAUGUUGCAGUGAAAGAUAUCCCUAACUUGAAGAAAAUUUUGACGGCCAUACCUCAAGAGCAAUACGUAGAAAUGCAGAAAGCAGUUUUGACUGAAAAUGAUGAGCAACUAUGGUUGGGUGAUGGCGGUGGUGGGUUAGUGGCCAAAAUUGAACCGGGUGGUGACCUUGCUGAGUAG